AUGACUACUACCAGCCCAACCGAAGCCCCAUUUACCGCUCCACACCCUGUUGACCAAACAGAGGUCACUUUUGACAUGUCUAAACGAAGAAAAGGCGUGUGCAAGUUUUUCAAUUCCCAGAAAGGUUUUGGGUUCAUCAACGACGAUCAUCCUGAUGAGUUAGGGAACCAGGAAGUGUUUGUUCAUUAUACUUCUAUUGGCGGUAAAGGCGGUUUUCGGUCAUUGGCCGAAGGAGAGGAAGUUGAAUACGUCGUAUCCCCUGGUCACAAAGGUUUCCAAGCUACCGAAGUCACUGGGCCGUCGGGUCGUGCGGUACAAGGUGAUGUCAAAUCAAAGCUGCCCAAGACGCCAACUUUUGUCCCGUAUCCUCUAGGAAUCAUGCCGGCAACAUACGCUAUUGGAGCUGGUUCUCCUUAUAUGCAAGGCGAGCCAUACAUGUCUCCUCACCCUGGAAGCGUCUACGCUGGAUCACCCUACGCUUCGCAGGUAUUCUACCUGCCUUCCCCCGUGGGCGUAUUCCCCGCUGGCCACUCUCCAAGUCUAGGGGCCAUGGCUCCCUAUCCCAACGUUCAAAGUCCGCAUACAAAUAUGCGAUCCCCGACAGUUCCGUUCACGCACAAUCAACAUGGUCAAAUGUCCAUGGCACUCUCUCCUCAAAAUCCCUCCGGCGGUUUUGGAUUUGGAAGUCCUUCGAUGACUUACGGAUUUGGCGCUACAGGAUCAAACGUGUUGGGACAUAGUACUGGAAGCACUGGUGAUAUGCGUUCACCAGUGGCUGGAUUAAGUGCCACUAGCGGUACCUUUCCCUCGCAAGCUCAAUCGGCUUUCGGUGGCGGGGCAAAUACCGGCUUGGGUCUUAGGGCUGAUUCGGGAGCCGGAGAAAGUGCCGGAAGACAUGUUCGGGAGGACCGUAGAGGAAGUCAUUCAGGCGCAGGUGCCUCCGGCCUCGGUGGAUAUCCUACUCCUUCUUUGGUCUAUUCAUCAGCAGGGCAAGGGGCGUUUUGA